UCCGUGUCCAAUGGGGUGGUGUUGUCCCGAUAGCGCGCAGAAUCGCCAUUGGAGGGCGCACGUGAGCCAUACGUGGUGGCUCCGCCUUGCUCGCUGCACCCCCAUCGCCUCGUUUCAACCCCUGUUUUUCUUUUCCAUCCUGAGCACAGAGCAACGUUAUUGAAUUAGCUUAUCAUUUGAUUUUCGAAGCGAAUAGCAGUCGGGUCUCUUCUCGAAUACGCGCGUUUCUCUUGAAAAAGCCGUGAUAUUACCCGUGAUCGCCAUAAUUUGAUAUUAGCUCUUGAUUUGAUUACCCUUUAAGCCGACUAUCAGACCUCGAUAACCGAUUCACGACUUAACAAGAAAUUAUAGCAGCCGGCGCUACCUCUCCUCAAACCUCCACUCAUUACUUAACUAAUUAAACUUCGUACCCGUCGGGAAAUGCACAACAAAAUCAUAUCGAUAACAUCAUCCUUAUUGUCUUACUUUCGUUGAUCAACUUGACUAUUUGGAUUAUCGUUAAUAGUCGAUUAUCCUUUUUCAAUUGGAUAGAUUUUUCGGGACCAAAUCCAACAAUAUUUUCAAUAAAUAGUCUCUUGGUUGUGGUGAUACGCUAUCAAAAGGAUGGAUUAUUCUUAUCUUAACCAAGCGGCGGCUGCAGGAUUUGAUUCGACUUGUUUACAAGGAACGGGAAUGGAUCCGACGGCUUUGGCGAACAUGCCAGGAUCCUACGGGGACAUAACAUCCUGCAGCCAAAUGUCGCAGGCCGCCUACAGGUAUUCGGCUGCUUCGAUGGCCAGAUCGUAUAAUCCUGGGGCUGGAGCUGGUGCAAUGUCCAUACAUCAUCCGGGAACGCCGACUUCCCAGUGUGCGGUUAUGGGGGGACGACCACAUGUCCAGGACGUUCAUCACCGAGCUGCAAUGUUUCCGUCCACUAUGAAUUUACAAAGUGGUCUUCCUUACAAAGUUUACCCGGGACACGAUGGUGUUUUAACAGAAAAACGAAAACAGAGAAGAAUCAGGACCACUUUUACUUCGGCCCAACUGAAGGAGCUUGAAAGAGCUUUCCAGGAAACACAUUACCCGGAUAUAUAUACACGCGAAGAAAUAGCUAUGAAAAUUGACCUCACGGAAGCACGAGUUCAAGUAA